AUGUCCACAAACAAGACCCCCGGACCGGUCCAAGAGUUUGACCAUCUCGUCCAAUCCGCAUCUUUCGUUUUCCUCCUCUAUUACCGCGGUCACUGGUGCCCCUUUUGUAUCGCCCACUUCAAGCAGCUUAUCGCCAUCUCGGACGAGAUCAAGGCUGCCGGUGGUGUGAUCGCUGCGGCAACGGCGGAAGUGCCGGAACACCUCGACAAGUUCAGGGCCUCUACAGGCUUUUCCGACACAGUAAUUGUUGACCCGGAGAACGAGCUCGCCAAACAUCUCAAGAAGAAAGAAUUGCUCGACGUGGCGAUUACCGACUCACAGCUUUACCAGCUCCGAGGAUAUAAGCAUGGCCUGGCUCAGCCGGCGCUGCUUGUGAUGAAGAGGGACGGGACGCUAACGAGUCGCGAGAUGAAUAUUGGCGGCGCCACGGAUAGACCGGUACUCGCGGAGGUGUGGAGGAACGUUCAGAAACAGCUUCGGGGGGAGGAUACUCGCGCCACCAUUACUAUGAUUCUGGCGAUUAGUACCCGUGGUUCUGCGAUGGUCUGA